GAGAGAUCGACCGUACCAUAUAUCAGAAGAUUUAUUUGAUUUUCAUCCCUCUUCUCUUGCUCUCUCACACACUCACACUCACAUACACAUACACAUAUACAUACAAUCAUGGAGUCACCAUCCAUCGACCUCGUGAAUUGUUUCCCCUCUCUCCAAUGCCUCGGCGGCAACGUUCCCGACGAAUGCAAAGGCGGCAAUGUCGUCUGUCCCGUCCUCCCACGCACGCCCAGCGACUCUCAUAUGCGCUUUUCCAAGUCUUCGGGCGUAGCUUCUACGGCUGUGAGCAGUGACUCGGAAAGUAGCUCGGAGCAUUGUGGUCAUCAUAAACGCUCUUCGUCGAUGAUAUCCUCCUCCAAUAACAACAACAAUAACACAUCAUCCAACACAACAACAUCAACAACAACAACCCUCCCCCUCACCCCUCAACGCCCCAUGCGUCCCCACCGCCGCAUCCCGCACACCAUCAUCGAACGCCGCUACCGCGACAACCUGAACACGCAAAUCGAAACUCUCCGCUUGACUCUUCCCUCUCUCAAAAACGCCUACCUCUGUUCUUCAUCUUCAUCUUCUUCCGGUGGAGGAGGUGCGACAAUCGACGUGGAAGACGCAGCUCUCCCGCCACGCUUACCUUCCAAAGCGAUGAUUAUUGCGACUGCGGCGACGUAUAUUAAGGAAUUGGAGAGCGAGAGGGAUGUGGCGGAGGAGAAUGUGAGGAAUUUGCAGCAGCAGGUGGUGGAUUUGCAGAAGUUGAUUCAGUGUAAUGAUUGUAGUAUUUUGCAGUAUUUGCAGGCUGUUGGGGGGAGUGGAGGGAGUGGGAAUCAGGGGGGGAAUCUUGGGGAGAAUGGGAAUGGGAAUGGGGUUUGUGGUGGUGCUGGGCAGGGAGGGGAGUUGCAGCAACAGCAGAUGAUUACUGCUUGAAUGGGGCAGGGAAGUUUCUUUUUUUUUUUCCUUUUUUUUCCUUUUUCUUUUGACGAAUACUAUUAUGAGGAAAAGGAUGGGAUGGAAUGAUUUGGCGUUUUUGUCGGGUUUUUUUUUUUUUUCUCUUUUUUUCUUUUUUCUGGUUCUUGGAGCUCAAGGAGGGAGAAUGGGAUGGGAAUCUUUUCUUUCUAGCGGCAACAGAAAGAAAAGGCAAAAAAGGAAAACAGAACGCAACGGAACAGGACUCGCGUCAGACGAUGACGGCGAUGGAAGGAAACUUGUCGUCGUAUGGAAUUGCAGCGAGGAUAAUGGAAAUCUAGAGUAGAGAUGAAACGAGAUGAGAUGAGAUGCCCAGCUCCAGACAAACAGACAGAUAGUCCAAAACAGAGAGUCCGACAAGAUAUGUAGUCAACACAACAAUCCAACAUAUACUACCUCC